AUGGAUCCCUCUCAGCAGCAUCACCACCACCAUCACCAUCAUCACCACCACCACGCCCAUCGCCACCAUCACAAGUCGCUGUCGCAACAGCAGUCGUCCACCUCCCUCUCGACGGCGAACCGCGGGACCCCGCCGUUGCACACGCACCUCCCUUCCUCCUCCUCCAUGCCGUUGAGGACCGCCAACAGUACUCCCAUGUCUUCUCCUGGGCUUUUCAGCCCCUCGGCUUCGCGACAAAACCUCGUCACGUCCGUUUCCGAGAACAACACACCUCCUGGGUAUACCCAGAGCCCUCUGUUGCAUCCGUUACAAAUGCACAAAGUUCGAGAGACGCACAAAGCUCUUAUCGACUCAGAUACCCUCACGGGCCGGAAGCUCAUCAACCAAUAUGAAGUGAUCGAAGAAAUUGGUCGCGGGAUGCACGGCAAAGUCAAGUUGGCUCGCAACUUGGAAACAAACGAGAAUGUGGCCAUCAAGAUCAUCCCGCGCUUUUCCAAGAAGCGCCGCCUCGGCAAAGUCACAGCCAUGUCACCUCAAGACAAGACGAAAAAGGAAAUCGCCAUCCUCAAGAAGAUUCGUCACCCGAAUGUGGUAGCCCUGCUCGAGGUCAUCGAUGAUCCGGAGCUUAAGAAGAUCUACAUGGUUCUCGAGCAUGUGGAGCUUGGUGAAGUGGUUUGGCGCAAGAAGGGUCUCCCUCACAUCUGCCUGUACGAACGACGGCGCAUCGAGCGACAAAUGCGAGGCGAACCCCCGACUCCCGAAGAGGAACGUUAUGAACAAUUCCUCGAGAACCGCCAAGCCCUCAAGCAAAUAAAGCGAGCCAAGGCGGCACUAGGUUAUCACGGCCAGACCAACUAUUGGAGCUUCGAGCACGGCGAUGUCGACGAGCCCAGCACCAGCCUGGGCGCCCAAUCUCGCGUCUCAUCAAGGGACGACUUCGCAGUCAGCGACGAACCGCCAUCGAGACCCAUCUCUCGCCAAGCCUCUUGCGCCGAAUCAAGAACCCACUCCCGAUCCCGUUCUGUCGUAUCCUCAACUCGAGCUGUGGAGGAUCCCGAUGAGUUCCUUCAGUGGGAGGACGACAAUGAGACACCCGGCGCUCUUCGAUCCAACCAUACAUCAAGCGUCGCUCUGGACGGAACCAUGUAUGGUCCCUACGUCGACGAAGGCUUCCGUGGCCGUUCUCCCAGCAUGGCUGACUCUAUCAUCUCCCACAUGUCGUCUCUUGACUUCAACCCUCAAUCACACGACCCCUUCUCAGACGACUUUUCCUACGUACCUUGCUUCACCUUCGACCAAGCCCGCUCUACCUUUAGAGAUACCGUUUUGGGUCUGGAAUAUUUGCAUUAUCAGGGCGUUGUUCAUCGAGAUAUCAAGCCGGCGAACCUCCUGUGGAGCAAGGAGCACCGCGUGAAGAUCUCCGACUUUGGUGUGUCCUACUUUGGCCGACCCAUCCGUGAUGGCGAGCCCGACGACACCGUUUCCGAGUCAGAGGCUAAGGACUUCGAUGACGACCUCGAACUCGCCAAGACGGUUGGCACUCCAGCCUUCUUUGCCCCUGAACUUUGCUAUACGGACCUGGACAAGGAACAACCCAAGGUUUCGGAGCAGAUUGAUGUUUGGUCUCUUGGAGUCACCCUCUACUGCCUCAUCUACGCCCGAAUUCCCUUCCUGGCAGAAGAUGAAUUCCAGAUGUUCCGAAAGAUUGCGACAGAGGAGGUGUAUAUCCCCAGGAAGCGUCUUAUGCCGGUUCAUCCAUCGACAUCGCCAACUGCUACAUCUCUUUACAAGCGCCAAAACAUGCACCCCUAUCGAGACGACAACGACCUGGCAUAUGAGGAAGUUGACAAUCUCCUCAUCGACCUCUUGCGCCAAAUGCUCACUAAGAACCCCGAGAAGCGUAUUCGGCUACGAGACAUCAAGCGACAUCCCUGGGUAGUCCAGGACCUUAUCGACCCCGUCGGCUGGCUGGAUGACACGGAUCCUGCACGGCCCUCAUCUGGUCGACGAAUUCAGGUCGACGAGAGGGAUGUGUCAGCUGCGGUUGUACCGCUCACAUUCCUUGAGCGAGCACGCUCUGUGGUCAAGAAGGCCGUUGGUAAGGUAAUACACCCCCUGGUGGAGCGGAGUGAUAGCAAGACUCGACGAAGAGCCGACAGUAGUGCCGCUAGCUCCGCCGGUGACAGUAUGAGCAUGUACAACAACGUGCCACCGGCGACUCCGCAUCAACAGUAUCGCGACAACCGACGCAAAAGCAUCCGCGCCGACGACUACUUUGCCAACGCCGUUCGGGAAGCUACUGCGAAUUCGGACCACCCUCUCUCGGUCAGCCAGUCGAUCAGCCCUCAGCCGGAAUCUGUCGUCUAUGACCCCCUAGCCACAGUGCUUCCCUCAAACGAGGCUCCUCGAGGACAUGCCCAUGCGCAUAGCGAAAGUGAGUCUCAGCGGGAACCCGAGAAAUCGAACUCGGCGGCAUCUCUAUGGCCUUUUCAUCGUCAUGCCCAUAGUCAUGGCCAGAGCGGUCAUCACCACAGCAGGUCCAGCCAUCACUUCCUCCACUUCAGUCCUCCGAUGCCCAUCUCUCAGACUACGCCUACCACUCCCAACUUUGCCUGUCAAUCCGAUCACCCUGAUGAUUCUGGGGCUGAGACGAUUCGAAAAACGCGGGAUAUGGAUUCUGCCGACGAGAGCUCUCGAUCACGCUCGGUCGACCGUGGACUCUUUGCCAGCAAUGACAAGCGCGCCGAAGCCAAGGUUGGCGUAAGCACGGCUGUCGCUCCAGGCAGCGUUCACAAGCCAUCUCGUCACGGACGCCCCAUCAAAUCCGUCGACCUCGGCAAGGGUGCACAGAGCAAGCGGCUCGAGGCAUCACUGCUCUCUGCAUCACUUAUGGCUGCCACUGGGUAUCAACAUGGGCAACCCCUGAUUAACCCCAGCUAUUACGGUGAAGCCCGACCUUCUACCAAGACAAGGCACCCAGCAGCACAGAGGGUCGACAGUGCGCCGAUAGUUCGAUCGUCACCGCCUCGCCACUCAGAGGAGCUCUGCAUGCGGCGAAUUGAGCGGCCCAAGGCUGACCCUGUCAGCUUCUCGUGCCCGCCCUCGCCAAUUCAAGAAGAAUGGAGCCGGAAUCAGUCCCUGCCCCGUGCCGAGACGAUGCCCACUACCAAGUCGUCGAGUGUAGACUCGAUGGAGGCUCUAGGUACCCCUUCGACCAGCCCAAGCGAGGUGACUAGCCCGGUGUCGGCACAGCCUUCGACUGCUAGCACGUCGGAGCGAAUGCUGGUGUUCCAAUCUGACCCAUCCCUGCCAGCCCUGCUCAGUGGAGCUAGCUCCGUGUCGGCGGACAUGGAGGCAGAACUCCUUGGCAAGCCAGGUAUCGUGAGCGCUCACCCAAAUCUGCUCGAGACAACCGACAGCCUCACACCACCGGCCCUUAACAAGGAGCCCGCGGCUGGCUUCCCGAUCAAUCAGGUUUUUGGUAAUGCUCCCGCUAUGGAGAGUGGCCCACUGGCUGUUCACCUGGAUGGAAGCACCCGGGACUCGGUGACCAGCACCCCUGUCGCCCGGCCUGUGGAAGACGACUUUGACGAUGAUGGCAGUGAUGAUGGAAUUCUGUUGAUGGCCAAGACCAAGAAGAAGCCAGUGCCAUCAUCGUCUGGGGUUACUCGUCCUCCAGCCUUCAACCCUCGGAGACGAGAUACCAACAUCAGCAUUGCCAGCACCGAGACGGCCAAGAAGGUACCAACCUCUGUUCACGGCGAUGAGUGGAUGUCGCACUAUGAAUCGUGA